CGCUGUGGACCUCAGUUUUAUAUCAAGUGCAGUAGCUUCACCAGUUUACGUGUUUUCAACGGCGAGUUAACAGCUCUCUCCUCCCCGAUGGGCUCCAGGUUGUCGCUGAGGACCAAGUUCUGAGUAAAACGCAGUGCGUAAGGGAGUUGAAUCUCUUUGGGGUAGUGUGGUCAACUAGUGUGAGUUAGCCCCUGGUAACAGUUUUGUUUAUGUCAGCAAGUGUAUCCAGUAGAAGGAAUUAUGACUUAAACUUCACCGAGGCUGCAGCUUUCGCUGGCAGCUGUGUAAACUGAACGUGGGAGGCCCUUGUCAGUGAGUCAGACUUUGGUUUCAUGAAAAUCUGAAUCGGGGUGAGCUUCAUAAAGUAGGAAUCGAAAGGAUUGAAAAACAGUGCACCUCAAUGGGGUUGAUUCCAAAAGAGCUGGUACUUGUGCUCCUUCCAGCUCCCUAUUUUUCUUUGCUGAAAGAAAAGAGUUUGUGUAGCUUUAGUCCCCUGCGGGGGCCUGGGAUAACAGGGACAUUUAAUGUUCCCUACAGAGAUGCUUGUGUGCUUGCUUUUGCUGUCAGUUCUAAAUACCAGUGACCAAAGUCAGGCUCCCCUUGCUUUCCUCCUAACUGGCCUAAUUUUUGUAGGUGCUACUCUGCUCUGCUGUCUGUGUUUUGGACACUUUCUCAUAAUGGAGUUCCCUGAUUUGGGGAGACAUUGUUCAGAAAAGACUUGCAAGCAGCUAGAUUUCCUUCCGUUAAAAUGCGAUGUAUGUGAACAAGAUUUCUGUAAAGAGCAUUUCACCUACGCUGCACAUAAAUGCCCCUUUGCAUAUAAGAAGGAUGUCCAGGUCCCAGUAUGCCCGUUGUGUAACAACCCAAUUCCAGUGAAAAGGGGAGAGAUACCAGAUGUGGUCGUCGGUGAGCACAUUGAUAGGGAUUGUAAAUACUGUCCCGGGAAGAAAGAGAUUUUUACAUACCGGUGCUCAAAAGAGGGAUGUAAGAAGAAAGAGAUGCUGCCAGUGGCUUGUGAACAGUGUCGUGGCAACUUCUGUUUUAAGCACAGACAUCCUCUGGAUCACAGCUGCACACGGGGGAGCAGACCCACCAGCCUAGCCGGGUGCUCAGCUGCGAGAGCCUCUGACUCCAGACCAUCUGGCGCUUUGAACACACUGUCUUCCUGUUGGCUGGCCCAGCGACUCAGGUCGAAAGUAAGGAGGUGACAUGCCUGUAUCUGUUCCAGCUGGCGCGUUAGCUUAUUUUUGUAUCUUUCAUUAACGAGAUAACCUUGGUGGUCUGGUGCUGUCAUACUUCACGACAAAGGUCUGAAACUUUGUAAACUUUUCCAAUGAAAUGUAUAAAUCCCUUCCACAAAAUAAACAAUCAGAAGGGCCUUAAUAUUC